UCCAAUAGUUUAUUCAGUUUUCUCAGUUUCAUUAUUUUUUUCGUCCCUUCGUCCUGCCUAUUAUUGGAUGGAAAACAAUAUUUACCUGGAUUUGCAUCCAGCUACAAGUAAUUUUUUCUAGAAAAAUUCAUAUCUAAAAACCUAAAUUUCCAUAAAAGUCACGCAAUCCUAAACUGCCAUUAUUGGUAUUCCUGAGUUUGUUGAAACUUCUAUUGUACUUCGUAAGGAUAAAAGUAACGAGCUUGGGAUAACAAUCACUGGUGGAUGUGACACUUACCUGCAUUAAUUCAAGAAUAUAUAUUUCCUUCAUCGACUGACCUCUUGGACACAUCUACUUUUACUUAAAUGUUCAUAAUGAUGAUCAAGGAAUCAAUAGUGGUCUUUGAAGUUAAUUUUGAUGGAGCUGCUUAUAAGGAUGGACGAUUAAGAAAAGGUGACCUAAUAUUAGCAGUUAAUGACAUUUCUUUUCGUGAAGUCUCAUACCAAGAUGCUCUAAGGGUAUUAAGGGAAGCUUCAAGUCCAUUAAAGCUAUUGGUCCUUCGUGAAAAUCCUCAAACACUUUUCACUAUUUCUCAAAAUCCAACGAAAUUCAUAACUGUUACUCUUCGCAAGGGAAGUAUAAAAGAUAAACUUGGAGUGAGCUUCGUUCAACGUACUAAUGGUCGAGGAGUUUUCAUCACUUAUGUCCAACCAGGCAGUAUUGCAGCUCGAGUUGGUAAAUUGAUGCAAGGUGAUCAAAUACUAGAGAUUAAUGGACAAAAUGUACGAGAUAGUAAUCAGAAGGACGUCUCACAAAUGAUUAACAAUUUAGAUGGUGAAAUUGUACUUCUUGUCGGACGAAAUGCAAGUUUAUCGAAUGCAAUAGUUGAAUGGUGUCGUAAAAAGUCACAGAUUCAUUGGAGAACUCGGACCUCAACCUGGUCAGCUUAUGGUGGUAGUAAGGAGAAGGUUCAGAACCAAAGGCCAAGUUUACCAGCGGCCAAAGAUCAACCCUAUUUCUCAGCAAAAUAUUCACCCGACAAGGAGCACAUUCCUUCUGGUACAAGCUUCACUUUUACAACGAACUGUAUGCCAGGUACAUCUAAUAGUAUAGAGAACGACGAUCCAAACAUUGCCAGUCGAUCUUCUUCGAUUCGUAGUCGAACACGGUUAUCAAUCGUUGUAGAAGAUCGUAAACAGCCUCAAGACUCAGUUGAUGAUGAAGAUGAUUGUGAGGGCACAAUUUUUGGGCCCAAUCCAUUGUUACCCUCAAUUCAGGUGACUGAAUUUUAAAUGUUAGCUAUAUUCAAUUUUCUAACUACCCUCCAAGCUUUUCUGGGAAAACAAGGUACAAAGAAGUGAUAUUGUCAAACCAGUUCUCAUAUGGACGUUCUAUCGUUUCAACUAAUUGUAAAUUGAAAAUUUUUUAAAUAAGCAAUAACAAAAAAGUAUUGUACUACACUAACUCAGCUCAAAAAUAAUUUAAAAUUAUUAAGAUUCACGUUGAUGAUGCAAACAUUGAAGAAGAACCUGGAGCACUACAAAGACAUCACCAUACAACAGCUUAUUGAAUUCUGCACUCACUAAAAAUAGAACCAAUAUUGUAGGGUUCAAAAAUUAUAAAUUUUUCAAAUUUUCGCUCUACCUAAUUAGUCACUACCUGCACGAAUGAUUAAAAAUCAUUCGAAACUCAUUUUUCACGACUGCAUAUUGGAGCAGCGAUCAUGUUGGCCGUCAAACUCCUUGUAACAAUUAUUCGUAUUCUAAUACAUGUAUGUUACCUUAGCAAAUUACGACUUCCACUGUUUUCUACGUGCCAUGUACCGUAAUAUAUUGUGAGUUUUCUAAAAGGUUAUUUAAUUUGAAGGUUAAGUUGACUUUUUUUCAACAGAUCAAAUUCCAAUUAUUUACUUGAAAGAGUUUGCAAAGAUCCUUAUUGGUCUUUGAAAUUGUUUUUCUCUUUCACUGGCCUCUUCUAAACGACGAACAGUUAAAAGAUUGAUUGAACGAAAUGGUAAAGAUUAAGAAAAAAUGGUAGU